UCUACACAGAGACACAGCAACCAUGGCACCUACAGUCACUGCAGCAAUGAACUAUUCCAAUGAGCACCUGACUCUGGCUAACAAGCUGAGAAAGCCACUGGUUGAAAAGAUGCGCAGAGAUCGAAUCAACAGCAGCAUCGAGCAGCUCAAGUCUCUCCUGGGCCCAGAGUUCCGUGGCCAGAAUUCCAACUCCAAGCAGGAGAAAGCCGACAUCCUGGAGAUGACAGUUUGCUUCCUGAGACGGCAGCAUCAGCACCAGUCAGCGAACAGCACAUCCUGCUCUUCAGCUGUCAGUGAGGGCUACUCCAGGUGUGCGCAAGAGAUUGUCAGCUUCCUGUCUCGCUGUGAAGUGAAGACACCGUCCCAGAGAAGACUGCUGAGCCAUUUCCAGAACCCUCAGCCAUCCUCUGACAAGAGCAAGAUUCAGUUUGCAGCGCCUCAGCUGAGCUCUCCAGCACACAACACCAGCAGCAAAGAGGACACUCCAGCCAGCAGCGCCCUCUGGAGGCCCUGGUAGAGUCCUGCAGACUGUGUCACAAUUGUCAGACCAACAGAAUUGAACAUGCCUGUCGUAGAUGGGCAUGGACAGCGAUUCUCCGGAUGUAGGAAGUGUUCUUCCUCUCCUGCACUUGCAGGAGGUUUAAUACUCUGCUUUCAUUAAGAGAAAGCCCAAGAAAGACUGAAUGGCUCUUUCCAAUAUUUCAGGAACAUUAAAUAUCUUAUUUCUUGAGAAAUAAGACAUGUUCAUUUCAUGGAAAAUUUCCAUGUUUCUAUAGUUAUUUAAUAAUGACUGAACAAUGUUUUGUCUUUUGUUGAGACUCCAUACAUGAAUGCGAUGAACCCUUUAUCCAAACUGGGUAUCAUCUUAAAGUGUUGAUGUUGAUUGUAUCUGGGGAAAAAAUGCUUCUGUGAAGGCAAUUAUGUAGGCUCUUCUGUAUAUAAUCUCCAGGCAUGCAUUUUAUUGCAUGUGAAAAAAAAAACUUCUGAGAAGGAAUAAUUUGAUUU